AUGAACGGCCUUAUGCAGCGCCAUGUGUUUCUUUCCAAACAGAGGGCCGGCUCUGGGUCUCGGCGCGAUCAGGCCAGGCAGCUGGUCAUAGAUCUGGAGACUCGAGGGAGUCAGGCCCUUCCUCUGUUCAUCUCCUGCUUGGAGGACACAGGCCAGCAGAGCCUGGCUUCACUGCUGAGAGCGAGUAGCCAAGCAGCAAGGCGGAAUCCGGAAGCCAUCAGACCCCUGGACCUCAGGCCUGUGGUGGUCAGACCAGAGGAGCUAAGAGUAGUGAAGCAGGAUCCGUCGAAGCUGACCCCAGGCAGACUCACUCCAGUGGCGUUGGGGCCAGAGGAGCUCUAUCCAGAGGUUCCCAGACCAGGGGUGCCCCGGCCAGUGGACAUUGGUGCUGGAGGAUACAGUGAUAUCCGUGCUCACGGGCGACGGAGGGGAAGCGCUGAUUUGGCGUACGCCCUGAACGCGGACCCUUGUGGCCACUGCCUCAUUAUCAACAACGUGAACUUCUGCCUUAAGUCGGGGCUCAGCACCCGCAAGGGCUCCCACGUGGACUGCGAGAAGCUGCAAAGAUGCUUCCGCUUGCUGCACUUCGCGGUGGAGGUGGAGAGCGACCUGACUGCCAAGGAAAUGGUCCAGGCUCUGAUGGAGCUGGCGCGGCGGGACCACAGGGCCCUGGACUGCUGCGUGGUGGUCAUCCUGUCUCACGGCUGCCAGGCCAGCCACCUCCAGUUCCCGGGGGCUGUUUAUGGCACAGAUGGGUGUCCUGUGCCUGUGGAGAGAAUCGUGAACAUCUUCAACGGGACCGGCUGCCCCAGCCUGGGAGGGAAGCCCAAGCUGUUUUUCAUCCAGGCCUGCGGGGGAGGGCAGAAAGACCAUGGGUUUGAGGUGGUCUCCGCUUCCCCUGAGGACAGGGCCCUUGACGGUAACCCGGAGCCAGACGCCUUCCCGUUCCAGGACCACCCCGGCCGCUACGACCAGCCGGACGCCGUGUCUAGUUUGCCCACACCGAGUGACAUCUUCGUGUCUUACUCCACCUUCCCAGGUUUUGUCUCCUGGAGGGAUACCAACAACGGCUCCUGGUACAUCGAGACCCUGGUUGGCGUUUUGGAGCAGUGGGCUCACUCGGAAGACCUGCAGAGCCUCCUGCUCCGGGUCGCUAAUGCUGUUUCGGAGAAAGGCAUUUACAAACAGAUUCCUGGGUGUUUUAAUUUCCUCCGGAAAAAACUCUUCUUUAAAACUUCAUGACGCCAGGGCCCCCGACCCCGCCUGACCCUUUACCCCCUAACCUUCCUGCUUUCCGCCCGGUGUCUGCAGAGGCCUGGGCUUUCCUUCAACUCCGGCUGUCCCCUGUGGAAGGAUUUUGUAGCCGUUGGAGGUCUGCUCUUUCUCAGCUGGUGGCAGACAGGCUCUUAGCAGCUUCCAAGUUGGAGACAAGCCACCGACCGACCGACGAUGGAGGGAGAGGAGCAGAAGAAUGCCGUGGAUGGCGUGCAGCUCCUCCCGCCCCCCUCAUGGCUGGCUGCCUGGCUAGCGACCGGGUCUGAUGCUUGUAUUUCCUGUAGAGCAGGGCUUCUCAGCCUCAGCACCUCUGCCAUUUGGGGCCAGACACUCCUCUGCUGGGGGUGGGUGCUGUCCUGUGCAUGGUAGGAUGUUUAGCAGCAUCCCUGGCGUCUACCCAGGAGGUGCCUGCGGUGACAUUUGCCCCGACUGCCAGUCGCAUCUCCCUCUGGACAGUGACAACCAAAAAUGCCUCCAGACACCA